AUGGAGCGUCAGAUUGAAGAAACCAACAAGUCAACAACAGUUCACUCUGAACUUCGACUUCUUUCAAUCGGAAUAGGAAGCAACUUCGGAUACCAGCGAUUCUUGAUCCGACGGAAUGACGAGAAUGACGGGGCAAAAGAGCUUGUUCAAAGAUUUGUUGACGAAAUUGAAUCUCUUGCAGUCGCUGAAGAAAAUUAUCUCCCAUCUGAGCUAAGAGACUCGAUUCAAAACCUCCAAAACAUCGAUAUGAAUUCAGUGCAUGCUGAGCAAAAGAUGAAAAUCCGAUAUUUACGUCGAGAACUCACAAAUUAUGCAAAAAUGGACAUCUUUGGUUUCAAUAGUGCUAAGUUUGAUUUGAAAGUCUUAAGUCCGUAUCUUAUCCCAAUUUUGAUGAAAAAACACGGGUCCAAAUUUACAAGUAUUAAAAAAGGCAGUCAUUACUUCUCUAUGUCAACCCCGAAAUAUCAAUUCAAAGAUGCAAAACUUUUUAGCACUCCAACUGAUCUUGCUGGAUAUCUUAAACAAGGAGGAGUCGACGAAGGAAAGGCGAUUUGGCCUUAUGAAAAAUAUCAUAGCGUUUUUGAUAUCAUGAAUGACAAGAAUUUUCCUCCUCGAGAGGAUUUCUUCUCGAGUCUUAAAAAUAAAGCUAUUUCAGAAGAAGAUUAUGAAAUUUUCAAAGAUGAAUUUAACAAAAAUCAAAGAAGAGACCCCCAUUAUUCCAUGGCUCAUUGGCUUCAGCACUACAAUUUGGCAGAUGUCACUCCUUUUGCGAAAGCCAUCGACAAUCAAUUCAAAUUAUUCUUUGAGACUUUCAAAAUUGACCCUUCUUUUUGCAUGAGUCUACCAAAAUUUGCGAUGGCGUGCGUUUUUGAAGGGUAUUCGAAAGAUUCACCGCUCACAUUUUCCUUCCACCGUACUUGUCACAAAGAACAUAAACUUCUCCGCGAUAAUAUCAUCGGUGGUCUGGUAAACGUCUAUUCUCGCUACACUGAGCUUCGACCCGAGGUGGACGCUCCGAGAAAUGCCAAGUUCGCGCCAAAUGGGGAUCCUUUUACAAAGAUAGUCUUUUUUGACUUCAAUGCUUUGUACUUGUACGCACAGAAGAUGCUAUUACCGUCCACUCCAGGUAUCAGAUGGCAGAAAAUCGACAAUACCGUCUUUCGAAAAUCCAUAAUGACGUCGGACAACUCUCUUGCUGCGCUUCAAUGGCUUACAUACAUUGACGAGUUCAGCCCCUUGUUGGUUCAGACUAAUGGAGAGCGGGUCCGACUUGAGCAUCAGUAUUUCAGGGGAGAGCACCAGGUCCUUAAUUAUAAAAUUGACGGGUACGCUUGUGUUGAUGGACAGCAUCAUUAUUUCGAGUUUUUAGGAUGUUAUUUUCAUCAAUAUUGUGUUGAUUGCAACCCCGGUCAGAUUGACCAUGGGUUUGAGAAGAAACGUCGAAUUUUGUCCAGAAAAGGGACUGUUCACAUCAUGCGAGAAUGUGAAUGGGUUCACCGACGAAAUAAAUAUUAUGUUGACCGAGUUUCUAAAUAUUGGGGACAUAUUUUCAAGCUGAAAGAAUCAGAAAAAAGCAUUCUUGAAGGAAUAAAAAAUGAUGAGAUAUACGGAUUUAUCGAGGCCGAUGUUUCUUGUCCGAAAGAAGUUUUUGAUCAGAUUUCGUACAUAAAUUUUCCUCCGGUCAUUCAGCGUAUGAAAAUCACUGACGAGCAUUUGAGUUCAUAUAUGAAAGCUCAGUUUGAGAAAACUGGAAGCAAGUGCGACCAGGAAACUGUUGUUCAGACUUACAAUGCGACCAAAAGUCUAAGCGAUUAUGCCAAUAAUAUAACCAAUGGUCGCGUAAACGCCCUUGAUGCCAAUAACUCUGCUCUCGCUUUGGCUUUUAAGACCAUCGGAAAUUGCGGAGGAUUUGGGAAGGCGAUCGAGCAAGUUGAUCGUCCAAAUACAAAAUUCAACGACGAUAAACAGCUCAAGAAAUCUAUUGUUAAACCAACUUAUAAAUCAUCGGAGGCUCUCUGUCAAGAAAACGGAGAGUAUGAAAUUUCAGAGGUCAUUUUUGACAAGUUGCGGAUCAAAGAUGAUAAGCCAACUGUUCUCGGUGUGGCUAUUCUUCAAAAUUCAAAACUCCAUUUUCUCUCCUUUGUUUACAAUUUUCUUCACAAAUACCUGAGACCUGGGUCCUACAAGCUAAACUACUGUGAUACUGACAGCUUAGCAAUAUCGUUUACUCGAAGCGGAACGGAUGGACAAACAACAAGGUCACAGAUGGAAGCCGCUCUGCUACCAUGUGUUCGAGAGGAGCUUAUGGAAGAGUUUCUUCAAGUUUGGCACAAAUGGAUUGUUCUUGAAGACACCACUCUUAAUCAUAAAACUCCUGGUCUUCUCAAAGCUGAGUGGCAAACAAAUAACGGCGCCCUUGUCUGCCUCGGAAACAAGAUGUACUUUGGCUUUGAUGAAGAAAAGAAAGAGAGCAAGCGAUCGACGAAAGGAGUUCCUCAUAAUCACGAGCUCAAACUUCAAGAAUUUCUCGACUGUUUAAAAGGGACCAUUGCCACAAAUAAUACUUGUCAAGUUCGCAUGUUACGCUCGACCAACGACAAUAUUGUUAAGCGGAUUUCGAUUGAAAAAAAAGUUCUUUCGAAUAUUUUUGUUAAACUUCGAGUCAUGUCGGACGGCGUGACAUGUAAACCACUGACCCUUGACGAGCGAGCUGAUCUUGAAGCGCUUCGAAAAGAAUAUGGAGGAACUUACCUUCCUCUCGCCGAAGAGGAGCUCGAUUUUUUCCGACAAACCGAGAGAGUUGGUCAGCUUCACAACAGGCUAAUCAUACCUCCUCCGAAACCUGGGCGAAUCGUUGAAACUGCUCAUUUGAGAUUACUCUUAAAUAAAAAUUUUGAUUUGAACAGCCUCAUCGAAGACAUCUUCGAUGUGAUUUCUCCAGUAUUUCGAAUCAAAAUUGAUUUCGGUUUUCUCAUGGAAAAUAUUUUGACUGAAGAUCCAGAUUCCCGCUACCGAUUUCACUGGCCUCAAAUAUCAACUGGACUUCCGAUCGAGCCACACUUGAUUAAAGACAAAUUUUCCAAGAAAGCCUUUCUUGAAAAUAUUCCAAGCUGGUCCGAAAUUCCUCAAAUGGUCGAGAUCGAGCACGAGAAUCAAUCAAGCUUCAGAAAGAGCGGGUUCAAUCUGACUAAACUUCUCACCUGCAGCGUCUACGUUACAAAGAUGAAAUGA